AUGGCUCAGCGCCAAAUGGCUGGAGAAGGACCAAGAACCUUCAACGGAAUUGCAAGAGCGAAGCUCUCAACUCAUUCAUUUCAGCUGGUUUUGUGUUAUCAACAUUAUCUUCAACAUGUUAAUACAGAAAAAAAAUUAUCUCGCAAAGGAGUAAUUUUAUGGAUGAGUAAGCUGUUCGGGUCUGAUAACAGAACAACUUGUGCAACAAUUCAAAUGAGAAACUUUCAACCAUCCAUCCCCAGACUUGGGACCCUCAUCGGUUUACAAAACUCAGACUUUUUGGCAGGAAAGAAAUUUGAAACUGAUGAACUGAAAGCAGUUGUGAUACGUAAACUCGUCACACUUUAUGGGAAAUGCUUAAAUUUGCGAGUAUCGUAUGCUUUAAGACAAUCAGAAACUCUUUUCAAUUGGCAAUCAAAAAGAUUCCUAAACAAGCGAUGGAAUGUUGGAAGCGAUGGAAUGAUGGGCGUAGAAGAAAAAAGAAAAAGAAAUGGAAAACGAAUGGUAGAAGAAAAAAGAAAAAGAAAUGGAAGACGAAUGGUAGAAGAAAAAAGAAAAAGAAAUGGAAGACGAAUGGUAGAAGAAAAAAAAAGAAAUGGAAGACGGAUGGUAAAAGAAAAAAAGAAAAAGAAAAUAAUUAUAGUCCGACACAUCGAUACGCCAGAAAUUGACAGAAUAGUUUUGUGUUCUCUGAAGAUUUUAAUCAGACUCUACAUGCAAACGACUUCACGCCGACGCCAAACGCGUCGGAUCGUUUCGUUGGCGGCGACGGCGACCACGGCGGUGGCGGCGGCGCCGUGCCGUGACCUGCAAUCAGCCUUGAAGUUCCCUCGGCCCGGUUGUUCACCUCGACGGCGCUGCGACUGCACAGCCUCCUGUGACGCAAGGCGUCCCCCCCCCCGCACCAGCGCUUCAGGCGGCCCAGACACACGGCCGACCCGCGCAGCUCGACGCGUCGCGGGCAGGGAGCUGGGAAGUGGGGACCGGAAUCAUGGGGACACGUUGACGAACCUUUGA